AGGGAGGUAUAAAAUUUCAAGCCCGAGAAGCCGAGCGAGGCAGUGCGUGCUGCGAGCCCGGGAGGAAGGGAGGCCGGUGGAGACGAGCCGGGGGCCGCCGGGGCCAGAGGACGGGCUCCACCUGGAGCGGCGGGGGACUGCAGUGCAGAGGCCAGGAAAGGCGCCAGGCGGCUCCCCGGCUGCGAUGAAGCCCAGGCGCCGCUCCUGAGGGGCCAGCCUGCCGAGGGAGGCGCCGCUCCGGAGGGGCCCGUCCAGCCAGCGGGAGGCAUGAGCGGGGCGCGCCGGCAGCCACCAGCGCGCUCCGUGGCCCGCCCGGCACGUGCGCUCCCGCCACACCCGGCUUUGCAGCUGCCCGGCCCGGUGUGAAGCGGGAGGGCCCGAGGGGGCAGCUUCUCCCCGCGCCCGGGGACUCAUGGAGAGGGACCCCGGAGGGGCCAGGCGCCCACCCGCUCCCGCCUGCCCCGCACCAGCCGGCGGCGCCUCUUAGAAGUGCCCGGCCCGGCCCUUCAUUCAUGCCCCUUCUUGCCCAGCGCCCCUCGGCAAGGAUCGUCCCCCUGCGCGCCCGCUUCCCCCCGGGGGGUGUCCCCGCGCUUGAAGAUGCGCUUGCAACGGGCGCUGCUGCUGCUCUCCCUGCUGAGCUUGGCCACCGUCAGCCUGGCGCUCUCGUCUUGCACCACGCUGGACCUGGAGCACAUCAAGAAGAAGCGGGUGGAGGCCAUCCGCGGCCAGAUCCUCAGCAAGCUGCGCCUCACCAGCCCCCCGGAGACGGUGGCGCCCAGCCACGUGCCCUACCAGAUCCUCGCCCUGUAUAACAGCACCCGGGAGCUGCUGGAGGAGAUGGAGGAGGAGAAGGAGGAGAGCUGCUCGCAGGACAGCACCGAGUCCGAGUACUAUGCCAAGGAGAUCCACAAGUUUGACAUGAUCCAGGGCCUCCCGGAGCACAAUGAGUUGACUUUCUGCCCCAAAGGUGUCACUUCCAACGUCUUCCGCUUCAAUGUGUCUUCAGCAGAAAAGAACAGCACCAACCUCUUCCGGGCUGAAUUUCGUGUCUUGAGAGUGCCAAACCCCAGUUCCAAACGCACUGAGCAACGCAUUGAGCUCUUCCAGAUUCUGAAGCCUGACGAGCACAUCGCAAAGCAGCGUUACCUCAGUGGCAGGAACGUGAUGACCCGGGGCUCCCCCGAGUGGCUAUCCUUUGAUGUCACAGAGACUGUGCGUGAAUGGCUUCUGUAUAGAGAAUCUAACCAGGGACUGGAGAUCAGCAUCCAUUGCCCGUGCAAUACCUUCCAGUCAAAUGGUGACAUCUUGGAGAACCUGCAUGAAGUGCUGGAGAUCAAGUUCAAAGGCAUCGACAGUGAAGACAGCCAUGGGCGUGGGGACUUGGGGAGUCUGAAGAAGCAGAAAGACCUUCACACCCCCCACUUGAUUUUGAUGAUGCUGCCCUCGCAUAGGCUUGGAAGUCCAGCCGUAAGAAACCAAAGGAAAAAACGAGCACUAGACACCAAUUACUGCUUUCGGAACCUAGAAGAGAACUGCUGUGUGCGCCGUCUCUACAUUGACUUCCGGCAAGAUCUGGGCUGGAAAUGGGUUCAUGAGCCCAAGGGGUACUUUGCCAACUUCUGUUCUGGACCAUGCCCGUACCUCCGCAGUGCAGACACAACUCAUAGCACGGUGCUUGGCCUGUAUAAUACGCUGAAUCCAGAAGCGUCUGCCUCCCCUUGCUGUGUGCCCCAGGAUCUGGAGCCACUCACCAUCUUGUACUAUGUUGGAAGGACACCCAAAGUGGAGCAGCUGUCCAAUAUGGUGGUGAAAUCCUGCAAGUGUAGCUGAAAAGGACUCAGUGCCACCAGUAGCUGAGGAACUGUGAUGAUCCACCCUCUGUCCACUGAACAAAACGACAAAGAACAACUUGUGGCAGGGGCACUGUGGUCUGGCCCUCUCAGUCAGCGAUCUAGGACAAAUGACCUGUUUUACAGCGUGUUUUUUUUUAAAAAAAAAACAUCUCUCUGCCUUACUGGCUCUGUCACCUUUUCUCUGGGAGUUUCUUUGGCAACAUGGAUGCCUGGGGAUAUGAACAUAUGUACAAGCUAGAUGUUUAGUGGUACAAAUAUCAACCAAAUGAAGAGAACGACAUUCAAAGAGGCAAGCAGGAAUGGGGCUUUGGACAGAGAAAAGGAAAAGACUACAUUUUGUCCUACCACUAGCUUUCUUGGAGCCCAGCUUUUUUGCUACAGGGUGAGGAUUUUCUUUUGAAAGAAAAGCCUAAUAUCUUCUUAGAAACCAGACUGGUGUCCAUCACAAAGGAGUCACUUGUUGCUCUAGAACUGGGAUCCAGCUGUAGAACGUGGGUCCAGCGGUCUGCUGCUCAGCCGUCUUGAGCAGCUAAAUUCCAAAGCAGGAAUCGUAGAAAUGUACAAUUCCCACCACCAAAACCCUACCAAUGAAGCCCCUGCUAUGUGCCUUCUGGAGACAGUGCUCAUAUACACAACCCAUUACUUAGACAAUAAUCUUCAAAGAAUCCAGGAUUUGCUGAGGUGGUUGAAGUACUAUAAGGAAAUCUGCACAUCUCUUGCACAAGAACCUGGCCCAGGCUACACCUGCCAAGGUUUUAGUAAAGAAGUAUUAAUCUCAAAUAUUGUAAAAAAAAAUAAAUAUUUUUGGGAAAUUGGAA